AUGACGGGGGCGGGGAAGGUGGUGUGCGUCACCGGCGCAUCAGGGUACAUCGCGUCCUGGGUCGUCAGGCUGCUCCUCGACCGCGGCUACACCGUCCGCGCCACCGUGCGGGACACCGCUGACCCAAAGAAAACAUUGCACCUGACUGCGCUGGAUGGAGCUAAGGAUAGGCUGCACUUAUUUAAGGCUAGCCUGCUAGAAGAGGGCUCUUUUGACGCUGCAGUUCAUGGAUGCGACACCGUGUUCCAUACUGCCUCUCCCUUUUAUAACAAUGUCAAGGAUCCUAAGGCUGAGUUACUUGACCCAGCAGUUAAGGGAACACUCAAUGUUCUUGGUUCAUGCAAGAAAGCUUCUAUUAAAAAAGUGGUUAUCACAUCAUCUAUGGCUGCUGUUUCCUACAACGAGAAGCCAAGGACUCCUGAGGUCACGGUUGACGAGACAUGGUUUUCUGAUCCACAAAUUUGUGAAAAGAAUCAGCAAUGGUAUGUUUUGUCCAAGACACUUGCAGAGCAGGCUGCUUGGAAGUUUUCAAGGGAUAACGGAUUUGAAAUUGUUAUUAUAAACCCAGCAAUGGUUAUUGGUCCCCUGCUGCAGCCUACACUAAACACCAGUGCUGAAGCAAUCCUGAAGUUAAUCAAUGGAUCAUCUACAUAUCCCAAUCUUAGCUUUGGAUGGGUUAAUGUCAAAGAUGUUGCCCUGGCUCAUAUCCUUGCAUACGAGGUUCCCUCAGCAAAUGGGAAGACCAUCGUGAUAUGA